AUGAGAAGAAGACGCUACCGAUCAUACCUGAUUUUGGUUAUCAAAUCUGUGGCCACCAUAUCGAUCGUCGGAAUGUUAUGGAUGUACCUAUCUAACACAAAUGAACCCACUGCGGAGAGCUACAACAGCGUAUGGGAAGAAUACUUCAAAAGAGCGAAUCAAAGGAAGAAACCACUUUCACCUGAAAUUGUCGAGAAGCUGAAAGAAGGGAUGUCACGGCUUGGCAACCGAUAUGAUGCCUUGCUGUACAUUAAGAGAGCUAUGACUUAUACCAAUAACACCAAAUUGAUAAAAAACAAGUCAACCGACAUUUUAAUUAAUAAAACAUAUUCAGCAGACGCCAACAAAAUUAGGGAGGCGAAUGAGUCCAACAAAGAUGAAGAAUUGUCGAGAAGUCUUAGAAGUUUAAAGUAUGAUCUUAGUAAAGAUAUGUAUAAAAUCAGUGUUAAUCAAAACGAGCCUUACAAGUCGUCUAAUGGAAAGCGGCCGCCGAAUAACUCUAAAAUCCCAAGUUCAUCAAAGGUGGCAAAAUAUCCGUAUGAACAUUUCGACGCGGAACUUAAGCAAUAUUUUCUGAGCAAUCAAGCAUUAAAAAGAAGUCAGAUAAUUGAAGAUGGCAUAUACUGGUCUGAGUCCAUCGAACGGCAGUUCAAAAGAGGGUUAAGUGAUGAAGAUGUAUCACGGUGGGCUUCCAUUGUACGUCAUCAAGCGGUUAGAGAGAUGCACCCACCUAACUGGAAAGAGUGUGGUAGACCGAAAAACCAACUGAUAAUUAUGGAUGAUGGUACUCGUAUCUGUGCAAGAUAUCGCCAUCCACAUAUAGAAUUGGUACAAGGUGAACUAUAUUCAUUUUGGAUGUCACGCUUACUGGGAAUGGAACAUGUGCCAGCAGUCGUGUUAUCAAUAGUUAACCAUACCUCGGUACAGUGGAAGAAACAGAUGGUGGGUAUCUCUAAUGCAGGGUGGCAGCAAGGAGUAGUUGUAGGCCUUGUGCAAUGGAUAGACAAUCUGGAAAGGGAUAGGAUGCCCCGUAUACUCUUAGAUGUUAUAACAAAGAAGUCAGCUGAGAACGAUCUGUUACACACAAUGUCAACAUCCGACCUUGUUGAAUUAUUACAAUGGUCUGACCUUAUAGUGUUUGAUUAUAUCAUUGGAAACUACGAUAGGGUAGCAAACAACCAAGAUGCUGCCACCAAGGAAAAUCGACCUAGCAUUAUGAGUGAAUAUAUUCACAACCUCAAAACGAACAAAAGAACGAAUUCAAUCUGGCUAAUCGAUAAUGAAAGUGGUCUGAUUGAUGGUUAUGAACUCAUGCGAAAUCCUCACGGGGUCAACGAAGCGAGUCGAUUUGUUGCAUUCCAUCAACAGAUGUUGAAUUCUAUUUGCAUAUUUCGCAAAUCAACAGUCGCGAACAUCGAGAGACUACACAGUGACGGGAAUCCUGCUAGCUUAUUACUGGAAACAGUCCAUCAGAACGAACCACUAGCACAUUACCUUCCUGCCAUUCCAAAAAGAAUACAAUUUGCGUCGACACUAAAACGAAGAAUUUCCGAUGUGUAUGAUAGAAUACGAUAUUGCAGAAAUCAUAGCCGUUCGGUAAUUUCCGAAGCCACCAGGCUGCCGUAG